ACUGAUUUGCCGCUCACAACGCGUCCACCAAUCAGACAACGGAACCUUUGACGUCCAUCCCGCUGGCGUAAUGACGUAAUCACGCCUGCUGCUGCUGCUACUGCUUCUACUGCUUCUCUUUCCUGGUUGAGGAAAGUUUAGCCGGGGAGAAGAACAUGUCGUCAGCGCGAGUGCUGCUGGCUGGGGGGAUCCUGCUCGCUCUGUGCGGGGGUCUCUCUGACGGACAGAAGAAAAAGGAGAUGGUUUUAUCGGAAAAGGUAAGUCAGCUCAUGGAUUGGGCCAGUAAGAGACCUGUCAUUCGCAUGAAUGGAGACAAAUUCCGGCGACUUAUCAAGGCUCCACCAAGGAAUUAUUCAGUGAUUGUCAUGUUCACCGCUCUCCAGUCGCACAGGCAGUGUGCUGUGUGCAAGCAAGCUGAUGAAGAAUUCCAGAUCCUGGCAAAUUCCUGGCGUUACUCAAGUGCAUUUACAAAUAGGAUUUUUUUUGCUUUGGUUGAUUUUGACGAAGGGUCGGAUGUCUUUCAAAUGCUAAAUAUGAACUCUGCUCCGACCUUCAUUAAUUUCCCCCCAAAAGGAAAACCCAAGAGAGGAGACACUUAUGAGCUACAGGUGCGAGGUUUUGCUGCAGAACAACUAGCUCGCUGGAUUGCGGACAGGACUGAUGUCAAUAUAAGAAUUAUACGGCCUCCAAACUAUGCUGGUCCUUUAAUGCUGGGUUUGCUCUUGGCUGUGAUUGGUGGCUUAGUGUAUUUAAGGAGAAGCAACCUGGAUUUCUUGUGCAACAAGACUGGAUGGGCAUUAGCCGCCUUGUGCUUUGUAUUAGCGAUGACUUCUGGCCAGAUGUGGAACCACAUCAGAGGACCACCAUAUGCGCACAAGAACCCACACACUGGUCAAGUGAACUAUAUACAUGGAAGCAGCCAAGCACAGUUUGUGGCAGAAACACACAUAGUUCUACUGUUCAAUGGUGGAGUAACUUUGGGAAUGGUUCUUUUACAUGAAGCUGCCACUUCUGAAAUGGACGUAGGCAAGCGAAAGAUAAUGUGUGUCGCUGGGAUGGGCCUGGUGGUGAUAUUCUUCAGCUGGCUGCUCUCUGUCUUCAGAUCCAAAUACCAUGGCUAUCCCUACAGCUUUCUCAUGACAUAGAUGAAAUACAGAUCAACUGACAUGAAACUGGAGCCAUUGGAAAGAAACACAGAUGAUAGUUCAUGCGACUCCUUCUUUUAAAACUUCUGCUGAGGUUUAACAGCACAGAUUGUGCCACCCAGGGCACCUUCUGCAGUGAAGGAUUAAUUCUGAAUGAGAUUACAUUUUUAUGUUGGUAACCAGGAACCAAAGACUUAAUGCAGUGCCUUAGUCAAAUGCAGUAAUACCCCACUUAUCCCACCCCUAUCAAGGUACAGUUAAAAGUACUUUUUCAGUUUUCAUAACUCCUUCCAGUGCUGCUGAGUCCAGAACAUGGCCGGUGAGGUUUCAUUUCUGUAUUGCUUCACUCCUACCCAGUACAAUUUAUGCAUAGGAUGUGAAUCCACCUGCAAGCCUGGACCACAGUGUUUUGUUUUUCCUUUAUUCCUUCUGCUGUCAUCAUACGCUUAAUUUGGAUAGUUUUAUUUUUUAACUUGGUCCUGUUUUUAUAGGUGAUAUAGAAUUCUCUCACUCCUUUCUUUCUUUCUUUCUUUCUUUCUUUCUUGCUCUCUUUCUUGCUCUCUUUCUUGCUCUCUCUCUCUCUCUCUCUCUCUCUCUCUCUCUCUCUCUCUCUCUCUCUCUCUCUCUCUCUCUCUCUCUCUCUCUCUCUCUCACACCAGAUCCUUAGAAAUUGUUUAAGUUUAAAAGCACAAACCAUUGAUUUCUUCUAUAAAAAAGAAAUAAUAGACCUUGAACCUUUCUCUCGGUGCAAACUUGGGAAAUUCUGCACCAGCAAUUGAUUUAUAUUGAGUUCUUACAUGAACUGCUUCUUUCUUACAUUUAAAAGUCUUGAUUUCCAUUGUAACAGGUGACCUAUGAAGCCACAACUUUCACAGCUCUACUUGCAUUUCCAGAUUCCUUUCUACUGGUAGCUAGAAGUAGCACUUUGUUACUUUAUGGUAACAAGAUGAUAUUGGGAUGUGAUAAAAAAAAAAUAUAAAAAUUGUUUGUUUUUUACUUUCAAAAUGUUCACCCCAUUUAUCUUACAUGGGGUAAUAUAAGGAAAAUGUACUGUACAUGACAGCGAAUAUGCAGUGUCUAAUGGCAUGAUGCAAGUUUACGUGUUCAGUUUAUUAGACAGUCAGUAACACACCUAUAACUGACACUAACAUGUCCCGUUCCACUCAGUAGAAGAUGUUCUGCUCUUGUCAUAGUAACCUGUCCUGAGUAAUUCAUUUUAAACUAAAAACAAAACCUGUUCUCAUUAAUUAUUUGGGUAAUGAUUGAGUGGAAAAUUGAGAGCAACAUUUUGUAUCCGGUGAAUGGGAUCCUUUUUGGAGGGACAUCUAUACUCCAUUUAUAUGAAAUGUAUGUGUGCUUUCUACUUUUGUUGUCCCUUUUUAUUUCACUGUGCUGAAUCUACUUGAAUGAUAAGCUUGCAUAACCAGAAACAAUCACUCAAAAGUGCCUGACAUGUAGUUGUGGCUUGAAGGACUACGUUUAUGCCAUGUCCUAUUGGGUGACGACUGUGCUAGAAUUUUUGUUUAUUUACAGAAAAUAAAUGAAUACCUAUCCUUGUACAAUUGUGCAUAGUAUUUCAGGACAGCCUUACAAAUGUAUGGUAAUUGCAUGCAGCUUCAAAUAAUACUACUUUGUAUUACAAUACAAAGAAUGACUUUUAGAACUCAUUCACACUUAUGCAAUGGGGGAAAGUAAGAUGCAUGAACUGAUGUUUGUCUUGGACAUACGUUAGUGAUGCAGUUUACGUGUCUUUUGAUUAUUGCACAAACUAUCAUAGUGGUUGCGCACUUUACACAUGAGUAUUGGGUCAUGCCAGGGUGUACCAUUUCAAAUGCACUAUUUAAGAUGUCAGAACGCAGUGGUGGAAACUGGCCCAUGAGAAAUUUUAAAAUCCAUUUUAAUAUGGUUUUCAGGCAUUAAUCAGCAGCUGAAAACCGAGUGACGUGGAUAGGUUUUAAUAAGACUGCAAUGCUCAUAUGCCCUAACCUGCCCUCUGCUUUCUUUUAUCUUGAAUCACCCAAUCUAGUUAACUGAGAUUACAGGCUUGCCAACAUGACCUAUUUCAGCAGGGAAGCGUUAUAAUUUACAGUAGAAUACCUCAGGUCCAGGGGCACUUCCUUUUCAUGAAAAGGAAGCGAUGUGCCUCUAUGAAAAAAUGUUUUAUUCAGACAUCAAUAUUCCAGGUUAGUAGAAGAAUAACGAACCUUGCAUUCUAUUUACAUUGCGGUGUAUUUUUGGUUGUUCAAUAAAGAAACAAAUUGGGGUCACCACCUUCCACACA